AUGUUGGGGUGCAAGCCUGCUGCUACACCGGUUGAUCAGAGCUUCAGGCUAAGUGCUGAGGCAGGAGAACCUGUUGAUCGUGAGAGAUAUCAUAGAUUGGUGGGCAGGCUGAUCUACUUGAGUCACACACGUCCAGACAUCUUAUUUGCGGUAAACGUAGUGAGUCGCUACAUGCAUGAUCCGAGGAAGGGUCAUAUGGAUGCAGUAUAUCAGAUACUGAGGUAUCUGAAGGGUGCCCCUGGCAAAGGACUAAGAUUCAGGAGGAGUAGCCAUGUGAACAUUGAGGGCUACUGUGACUCAUAUUGGGCUGGCUGCGGAGAUAAUCGGAGGUCUACCUCAGGGUAUUGUAUAUUUGUAGAAGGCAACUUAGUCUCCUAA